UUGUAUAGAUCAACCAAGCAGGCAGUAUGUCAAAUAAACCAGCAGAGUCCAUGGUGAUUGGAGGUGUUGAUCAUGAUAAAAGGAUGGCUAAGAUCAUCCAGGAGCGACUGGAGGACAGAAACGAGUCUCGAGUAUUAAAUUUACAACAAAAACAUAAAGAAGAAGAAAGCGAAAAAGUAACAGAAGAAAAAUCGGAUUUUUUUACCCAGAACUUUGAAAAAGAGGCUGCUCUGUUGGAAGAGAUGCUUCUUUGCAACGGUAUUGAGAAAACUGAUCGUUUGUUAGUGGUUGAUCAUUUUGAUGCUAUCACUGCUUCCUUUUCUCGCCUUCAAAAGUUCUUCAGUGACUCGAUAAUGUUUCUGCCCAAGUACAAGUCUCGAAAAGCAAAAUCUCAAUUGACCGAAUUGCAAGCUAAGAUCGAUUUAAAAAGAGUGGAAAUGAUACCAAAGAAAAAGUUUGCUUUUAAAUCUAAAUCAAAAAAAGCUGAACGAAAAACUGAACCAGAUGUUGAAACUACCAGUAAACCUGUCAAAACAGCUGGUGAAAUAAUGAUGGCGAAACUGUGCAAAGAAUUUCAAGUGAAGGAUAAAAUGGGUGAAACCAUUGAAAUGAAUGAAAACGAAAUCAACCAAUGUGAUGUCUCAAUAUCAAAUCUUAAAAACUGCACAGUUCGUUUGCGAGGAGCACCAGGAACAGUUCACAUCAGUGACGUACAGGAAUGUGUCAUCUCAAUCGGACCUGUAUCUGGAUCCGUGUUCGUUGACAGAUGCACCGAUUCAAGAAUAGCAACUGGAUGCCAACAAUUGAGAGUCCACCAUACAAAAAGAACAGACUUUUAUCUUCAUGUGACGAGCAGGGCGAUUAUUGAAGACACCACAGAAAUCAGAGUCACCCCAUAUAACCUCAAUUACUCGGAACUUGAUUCGCAUUUUAAACUUAGCGGUCUUGACCAAUCAACAAACAACUGGCAAAAUGUUGAUGAUUUUAAUUGGUUAGCAAUGAGCACGCCUUCUCCUAAUUGGUCAGUUCUUGAUAAAAAUGAACAAAAAGUAGAGUGGUAAAAAUUAUAUUUUUUAAUUCUUAAUUUGCUGUAAUUCUUAAUUUCUUCUAUUUUUUAAAAACAGUUCCACAGUGUUUCUGUACAUUUAAUUCAGAUUUUCUUAGUUUUUCUGAAUAUAAUGUAUAUUUAUACCAUUCCCAAAAUUGUUCUGUUCUUUGCUGGUGUGUUAACUGUCAUGUUGUAAUUGAAUUUUAAAUCAAAACGCUGUAACCAGUAUUCUGUGAAAUAAAGAUUAAGUAGAACAAUUAGAACCAUA